CCCUCCGCAACCUUGUCCCAACUUCACACUACCUCAAUUAUUCAGCCCAGUACAGUCUAUCCAUUGAGAAUAUACCCGAAUAAACAGCGAACAUGCAACAAGCCCUCUCAGAACCCCUCUCCACCCUCGUCGCCAAACGCUUCGCAGCAGCCAAAGAAGGCGGCCAUCUCAUCUUCUCCCCGACCCAGGUCACCACCAUCCAGACCUCUGGGAUAUCGUACCAACUCCGCUACUGCCCCUCCCUCGCCAAAAAACCCUCCGCCCUCCCUAAACCCGCCGACUCCGCACAAACCGAAGCACAACGACAGGGUAAAAAGCCUGAUCCGUUUGAUAGUCCGUCUCCGGAGCUACUUGUCACAGAUAUACCGGGGCAGAAUGGUAAUGCGGAUCAGGGGUACUGGGUUGUGUUGAAUAAGUUCCCGAUUAUAAAGAACCAUUUCAUCCUCGCGACGAAGGAGUGGAAGAGUCAGACGGAUUUGUUGGAGAGGGGAGAUUUGGAGGCUUGUUAUGCUUGUAUUCGCUCUUGGAAGAAUAAUGGUGAUAAUGGGCAGGAGGAUGGAGGGAGGUUAUUCGCGUUCUUCAACUCCGGGCCUGAAAGUGGUGCGAGCCAACCACAUCGACAUAUACAGUUUCUGCCGGUGGAGGAUAUGAAGCGGACGUAUGAGGGGGGUGGUAUUGAGGGAUGGAGGCCGUUGAUUGAUAUUGUUGUUGAGCGCGGUCAGAACAAGGGUCAGGGACAAUCGCAGUCGCAGGAUGAAGGGUUCUUGACAGAUGACAGACUGCCAUUCGCGCAUUUUGUCCUGCCGAUACCGACUGAUCCAUCUGCGGAGACGUUGCAUUCUAUAUAUAUCUCGCUGUACAGGGCUGCUGUGUCAGCUGCUAUCGAGGGCUCUGAGAACCCUGCGGAGUUGAGUAUACAAGACCACGGCCCUGCGGCUAUCAGUCAUAAUCUUGCUAUGACCGAGACUGUGAUGAUGAUUUGUCCGCGGCGGAGCGAGAAUGCUACGAUUCCUAUACAAGGGAAGGAAGAGGCGAAGGGGGAGAGGAUCGUUGAGCCGGGGGUUAUUGCGCUGAAUGGGACGGUUUUGGGGGGUACGUUGAUGGUGAAGAUGGAGGGGGAGUGGGAGGAGUUGAAGAGGAGGCCGGAUGUGUUGGGGGGAGUGCUGGGGAAGGUUGGGUUUCCGGUUGGGGGGAGGGCUUCGUUGUAGAUACCCCAGAGUCUGUUGGAAUUAGGUAUAUUCGUGUGAUGUAGAUACAUGACUUAUUAUUACUUUUAUCUAAUAGAGAAUGAUCCUCCCAAAC